AUGGUUUUUCUUCUCUUCAGGUCAUUAUCCCUUGUUGGUGGUAUAAUGUUAUUAAUGGUUGAAAAUCGUAAAGAAGCUCGUAGUUUAUUUGCUGGUGUACCAACAAUGCAUAAUAAUGCACCAAAAAAUUAUAUGCAAUUAGCUGGUCGUCUAUUACUUGUUGUUAUGUUUAUAACAACUGUUCGUUUUGAAUUAACAUUUUUUUCAACAAUACAAAAUGUCAUCGGUGGUAUUUGUAUAUUAUGUGUUGCAAUUGGUUUUAAAACAAAACUUGCUGCUUUAUUUCUUGUUAUAUUUUUAUCAAUUGCUAAUGUAUAUACAAAUAAUUUUUGGAGUGCACGUGAUAUUCGUGGUUUACAAGACUUUUUAAAAUAUGAUUUUUUUCAAACAAUGUCUGUUAUUGGUGGUCUUUUAUACGUUGUUGCACUUGGUCCUGGUGGAGUAUCCGUUGAUGCAAGAAAAAAAGAAUGGUAA